UUCAGUACGUAAUACUUGAAUAUGUUACAUCACUUGAUCUCUCAAAUAACACAUUUUUUGGCAAUAUACCGCGUGAUAUAGCUAGUGAAAUUCCAAGCAGGAUAGGCAAUUUGCUUCGUCUGAAGACGUUCAGUGUAGCCAACAAUUACUUGACUGGUCUAGUGCCAUCAUUUGUUAGCAAACAAAUCAAUGCUGAGAAUUUUGCACCAGAUCUUUGUGGGAAGCCCUUGAGUGGAUGUGGGGAUUCUUGGAUAUGGAAACAUAUAGAUCGUGCUUCGUUCAUCAAAGCGUUUGUGAUUGGUUGGGUAGUUUUCACUACAUUGGUUUUAAUCCUUCGUGUAUUUCAAUUUCCUAGCAAAGCUAUCAACACGAUAGUCUCAUUGAACAAAUGGAAGCUAAGGUCAAAGAAACAUUUAAAUUCAGGAAGUGAAGAGAAAUUAAGCAGCCACCAGAAGAUACUAAAGCUGGAGAUGUUUCUUACGCGAAUGAGCUUCAAGGAGCUGGCAAACGCGACUUCUGAUUUUAGUGAAGACUAUCUGGUAGGAAACGGAAUGUUGGGCAAAGUGUACAAAGCAAUUCUACCGAAUGGCUGGACACUUGGUGUCAAGAAAUUGAAUGACUGGGAGAAUUUGGAAGAUGAGUUUGUCUCGGAGAUAACAACUCAUGGUGGUUUGAGGCACUGGAACCUAUUGCCUCUAAUAGGUUUCUGUGUUGAAAUGGAAAAAAGACUUCUUGUUUACAAAUACAUGCAUAAUGGCAAUCUUCAUGAAUGGCUGCACUCGAAUGAAGAUAAGGCCAGGAAUUUUGACUUUCCUAUGAGAGUUAAAAUUGCACUUGGGAUAGCAAAAGGCCUGGCUUGGCUUCAUCAUGGGUACGAAUUACACGUUACACACGGAAGCAUAAGCACACGAUAUAUCUUGCUAGAUCAAAAUCUUGAACCCAAAAUAUCCAACUUUUGGGAAGCAAAAUUUUGGAGUAAGAAUGAUACUACUUUAAGUUGGGGUCUUUUCCCAGUAGCUGAAUAUUCAGUUUAGGUUCUUACAGGCAAGACAUCUGCUGCUUUGGUGUCGUGCUUCUUGAGCUUAUAACUGGAAAGGAACCACAUAAAUUGACCAGCUCGAGAAAUCUAUUUGAUCACUCUCCUUGUCUACUUGAUGCAGAUAGAGAUUUGCUUGGAAAAGGAGUCGAUGAUUUGAUCCUCCAAUUUCUUGACUUGGCUUGCAACUGUGUGAAGUUCUUUCCGAAUGAAAGGCCAACAAUGCUGGAAGUGUAUGAUACACUCAAGAAUAUUUCUCAAGGUCGAAGGGACUGGAUACAAAAGAUACCAUUAUCAACUGAUAUUUCAAGUCUAAAUGACUAGGGCUACAGUUUAUCCGGUUACUUAGCAAAACAAAUUAGGAAUACUCUAAAUUAAAGCAUGAAACCUGUGUUACGAGUCUGUAUGCUUAUAGCUUCUGUUACAACUGUAAUAUUUAAGAAUCUGUAUCUAUUUUACUGCAUUCGGAAGCCUUACUAACUGCAUUUGCAGUUUUUAGAAGAAUAUAUGGAAGACUUAUGCUGAAUUGACUUAGUUCCAAAUUUUAUUGGCAAUUUCUGAGAGUUGUAUGCUGAAAUUGGCCUCGAGCAAACAGAACCAGAUGCUUUUACAGAACUAAGAAGAUUACUGGAACUUAUAGAAGUUCAAAAUUCUUUUUUAUUAUUUUUUUUACCCCUCCCCCCAGGAGCUCCACCCUUUUGCUCCUUUGGUGACUCGAACCCCCAACCUUCAGGUUGGAAG